CCUGUGCGAGAGGAUUCUGGGAUAGAAUUGUUGAUGCUGAACAGCUGUUGAUUAGAAAAAAGUGGCGGGAAACAUCAUCGUGAUGAGAGAACCUUAUGUGAAAGAUUGAAUCCGAGCUCGCAAAUGUCUGGUAAGAAAUUGGGGAUGAGCAUCGCUGCCUUCAGCAAAGAGGAGUAUGAUAGCUAUCAAGAGUCUCUCUCGUCGAGGAAAGAAUGGCCUGGUGUCAAUGUCAGACCUGAUUCACGAGCGAUGUUGAACGUGCCGAUGCUGAUCAUGGAGCUGUACCGAUUGGUACCCUACAAGGAAGGCCGCUACGUGCACUUUCACCCGUUUAACAUGCCUUACAUUAAAGUACGUAAGAUUGAGCUGGUUGGAACCGUUAUGAAUGUCAAGCGCAAUGUCAAUAAUCUGAUACUGACAAUUGAGGAUGGAACGGGAGCGGCGCAAGUCAAUUUUAAUUUGGAGCAGUAUAUGUUCCUAUUGAAGCAACGGGAGGAGAUUGAUGAGAAAUACAGGAAACAAGCUGGAAAUUUGAGUAAGAGUGAGGCAAAAAUAAAUCAGAGUUGUCCAAAGAAGUUCCCUGAGAAACGUCCCAAAUUCUCAUAUCCACAUGAUGUAUCUCUACGUGAUGUAGCUGUCCUGGAGAACGAGUGGUGGUCAGAGACGAAUGGUGGUUUACUGGGUAAAAAAAUCGAACCGUUCGACUACGUAUAUGUCAUUGGAUAUCCAUGUCUUGAUGCAAACUUCCAAACGAUACCGGAACAGAUUACGGCUGAGUUUAUUGAGCACUCAAAACUGAUUGUGUUUGCGUUGUCUGUCACGUGCAUCUCUGAGGAGAUGUACAAUAAAAAGUUAUCGAUGUGGAUAGGCACCACUGUUCAUCAAAGAUAUACAGAGAAUAAAGAUUAUAUUACAAAGAAAUAAACAUCAGUGAAAUCUUUAUAUAUAUGUAUAUCCAUUAUGUUAAGAUUGUAACAUAUUUUUAAAGAUUAUUAUGUAUUACAUUAAAUAAUAUAUUGUUAAAUAUUAUUCGAUGAAGUUAUGUGAAUUUUCUUUUAACAUUUAAGAUAUAAUACGCAUCGGCAGUUUCAGUUUCUGUCUGAUAGAAAUCUGUUAGCUACCCUAAUGAAUAAAGUAUGUUUUAAAAAUUA